CGGACUCACUGAUUCACUGAUUAGUAAGGUUCUACAACUUUGGAGCAUCACUCAUCGACUCAUCUUGCAGCUCGGUGGCGUCAUAGUCAUGUGUAUGAGAUAUUGUCAUUCACAUUGACAAUCAGUCAGCACUCAGUCAGGAGAUAUGAUAUGAGGCUUACAUUCCGUUUCACAUCCAGCACCAACGGACUCAUCAUGGCUUCUGACACCAUCAGCACCCUCAACUACUUCCUCCCUCCAUCUGACGGCUCUCGGCCCUAUAAUAGAGUCUAUGCAGACAGCACCACAGGAAAGCCGACUCGCAACUGGAUCGACGACCCGCAUGAUAUGCAAGUUGGGGACGUCCGUGGAAAGGAAGAACUUUACAAGCUCGACAAUGCCGGAUUUCAGUAUGGGCGAGAAGCAGCGAAGCAUACCAGUUUCUUGAAUGAUGAUGAGAUUGAGCGCGAAUACUACCCCGAGAGCAUCGACCUCAUCAAGAGGGUUACGGGGGCAUCCAAAAUUGUCAUCUUCGAUCACACUAUUCGUCGCCGUCGUCCAGGCGAGAUAGAUAAUCAUAACCCACAGAAACGUCAACCAGUCUCCCGGGUUCAUGUUGACCAAACGCCUACGGCGUCCACCGGCCGUGUCCAUAGGCAUCUCCCACCAACAGAGGCUCCUUCCCUCCUUCGCAGACGCUUCCAAAUAAUAAACCUUUGGCGUCCCAUAUCACAUGCAGCUGUAGAUUGGCCGCUUGCACUAUGUGACUUCCGGAGUGUUGAUUUCGAGAAAGACUUGGUGCCUGUCGCUCAUGUAUACGCUGACCGUGAGGGUGAGACAUUUGGAGUCAAAUACAACCCAAACCACCAGUGGAAAUACAUGAAGGCAAUGACCCCAGAAGAGUAUGUUCUUAUCAAAUGGUGAGUGAAAUAACUUGGGGGAGCUUUCCGUCAUGCUUAAUGGGUCUCAGCUCCGACUCGAUGCAAGAUGGC